AUGCGUUGAAUUUGGUAUGGUUGGGUGUGGUUUUGAUUAUUUUAUUUCCUGGCAGCUGAACGGGUUUUUGACGUACAAAGUACUGCCUAAUAAGUGCUUAAACAAGCCUUCGCUGAUUAAUUAAAAUUUCCUUUUUGAGUCUCUCGUUUGUAGGCUUGCCAGUACGCACCUUCACCAAUUAACACAUUGACUAGGCACCUACCUUAUCUGCUGUAUCUGCAGCAGUGAUACAGCUUGGCCUGUGCAGUAACAGCUGGGUGAUUCCACAAUGGCUGAUGGACGGCUCUCCAACACGCUCAUCACUGCCUCAUGGCUGACGCUCAUCAGCCUGCUGGCUGUGGUCAUUGCCUUUGCCACACCACACUGGCUUGAAACAGAUGGAUCACUGGAUGAGCCCAAGUUUGUCAAAUUAGGGCUGUGGACGGUUUGUUUCGACAAGUUCCAGGAGCGGCUGCGCCUGUAUGACACCGAGUUCUCCGGCUGCCGCUGGGUUCUGGACGAGGAGUACCAGAUCAUCGACUACCUGGUCCGGCCACCGUUUUUCGUGGCGGUGCAGCUGUUUUUCACGCUCUGCUUCCUGGCUUGCCUGUUGGCCGGUGUGAUGGUGAUGGCGGCCGUCUGCUGCAUGGAACACGAACGGGAGGGCAGUUUCCUCAAGGCCACCUCGUUCGUGCUGGGAUUCGCAGCCGUUACGGGCACCAUAGCGGUCAUCACGUUCGGCGCGCUCGGUGACGAGAGGGACUGGAUGCCCGACUACGACCACAACAACCUCUCCUGGAGCUUCGGGCUCGGCGCGGUCGGCUCGGUUCUGCUUUAUUUUGCCGGCAUCCUCUACUGGGUGGAGGCGCGGCGCGAGACCAAAAACUCCGACUUUGGCUUCUCGGCGCCGCCGGUGGCCUACGAGUCGUCGUCGCAGGUGUAAGCGGCCCGAGUGGAUGAUGUGUGCUGUCUCAGGCUCGGCCCAGGGUCGAGCCGACUGGACUCGGACUGGGCGUACCCCGUCUCGGUCACUGCUGGCGGACCAGGGUCGGAGGCCGCGUCUGCCGCUCCCCGGCGCAGUGGACUCGGCGUCUUACUGAGCUCCAACAAACACUGCCUUUGAGAGGCACCGGCUCGGCAAGCCGGCCAUGAGUGAACGAGUGGAUUUUAUUUUCGUGACGAGAAAUCUCUGCUUGAUCUGUCUAGACAUUUACUUUCUGAUUAGUGUUAGGCAUUUGCACCAGUGUAAACAUCUGCUUUGACAUUCCCGUUUGAUUGAAGAUCGCAGCAGUGUUUAUAUUACUCUCUUACAAUCAUGCGAGCAGAAGGUUUGUUGUGUGUUUUACUCGCGCUGUUUUAUUUUUUGAUCGAUUGCUUCCGUUAUUGCUUUUUGGCGAAUGAUGUUGCACGGUAUGUAGUUUAAGUUCAUAAUUGAACGUGUCUCUUGGUGCAUUUUUACCCGCUUUUUCCGUCGCGUAUAAUAACAGAGGACAUGUAGCCACGGAGAUGCUGGAGCCAGUGCGCUCGGUAACGCUUUUCGUCCGUCCG